AUGUCUUCAUACAAAAACCAUAACGUGUGGUUAAAAAUGAAGUACGGUACUGCACAUGAAGAGCAUUUUUUGCUGUUUCUUGACUUCGAUGUCAACUAUGCACCAAAAGUAUUGGCGUCAGACGUUAACAGAGGCAAAACUAUGUGUCGAUUCCUUUUGAUUUUGUGCUUAUUCGCUUUCGUACCAUUUUCGUGGGCCGAGAAAGAAAAAAAGUACACAACAAAAUUCGACAACAUCGAUUUAAAAGAGGUGGUUAAAAAUGAACGACUGUUAAAAAAUUAUGUCGACUGUUUACUGGAAAAAGGGAGGUGUACACCUGAUGGACUGGAAUUAAGAGAAAACAUCCCUGACGCUAUACAAACCGAAUGCCGCAGAUGUAGCGACAAACAAAAGAUGGGUGCAGAUUUUAUUCUAAAGUAUCUCAUCGACAACAAACCCGAAUAUUGGGAAGAAUUAGAAAUCAAAUACGAUCCAGAAGGAACUUACAAAAAAAAGUAUGAGUCAUCUUUGAGUGACGUCACUGAAGCUACUGUACAAUAA